AUGGCCGACCAGCAUCCGAUUCCACAGCACCCCGAAACCGGCCUCCCGCCCAACUGGGAGGUGCGGCUGUCCAAGAGCAAGAACCUCCCCUACUACUUCAACACGUCCAACACCACGUCGCGGUGGGAGCCCCCGCCAGGCACCGACACGGACAAGCUCAAGCAGUACAUGGGCAAGUACCACUCGUCGGCGCUGCCCUCGGACUCGCCCCAGGACGGCCAGAUCCGCGCCGCGCACCUGCUCAUCAAGCACCGCGACUCGCGCCGGCCCUCGAGCUGGAAGGAGGAGAACAUCACGCGCACCAAGGAGGAAGCCCGCCGCAUCCUCCAGGCCCACAAGGCCCGCAUCGACGCCGGCGAGGUGACGCUGGCUGCUCUCGCCACCACCGAGAGCGACUGCAGCAGCGCCCGCAAGCAUGGAGACCUCGGCUUCUUUGGCCGCGGAGAUAUGCAGAAGGAGUUUGAGACGGCCGCAUUUGCCCUCAAGCCGGGCGAGAUCAGCCAAAUUGUUGACACGGCCAGCGGCCUGCAUCUGAUUGAGAGGUAUGCCGCCGCGACUACGUUUUCUGGGUUGUUGCGUAUGCGAAUAAUGGGUCGAUAUGCUAACAUUUAA